AUGUUGAUCCACCUCAGUCGCCAACCUCAGUUCAUGGCAUCACGAGUGAUGAUCGAUACCUGUGCCAGCAUCCUCACUGUUCUCACUGUCACCUUCUCACUUACCAAAUGUAUCAACGAAGCCCUUGCCGCCGCUAAGGAUGGGCCUGAGAUCAUCCAGUUUCUCAAAGGUGACACUUCACAAUUACAGAGUGUCUUACAGAAGCUCUUACAGAUUUCCAUUACCUCUAUCAGCGAUACGGAGAGGCUAGAACUCAUCGGUCUGGUAAAGAAGUGCGAGGAUGAUCUAGCGAGUCUCAAUGCCAAGCUUUCUCACCUUGACAUCUCGGGGUGUGGCGGUCGUAUGGGACGGCUAUGGGGCAGAUUGAAGCUUUCCUUCAAAGAGAGAGACCUGCAUCAAAUACGCCAUGUCAUUCAAGGUCAUGUUCAAAUUUUGACUCUGCGCUUAGGUCUCAUCCAGGCCCAGCAAUCAUCCUUCACAGUCACGCAAUCAAUUGCAAUGUUAGGCACUCUCCAGGAGCUUUCGCAGGCUGUUGGAGCUCUGAAGAUAACCGAAACCUCUUCUCACAACGACUGCGCGGACUUACCAGGCACAGAAGCAAGGGUCACAGAACUAGAUGACACAGCAUCACUUGUUCAGAAGGACUCGGUACUAGAUGGGAGUAUUACUCGACUGAUGCGUUUGCUAGAGAUAAAGCCAUGUAUUGUUGAUACGGAUGGAAUGCCACACCUGUCCGGUGACUUGGAGCGUCUGAUAGUUUCCGUUUGCAAGGAGUUCGCACAAGCCAACAGAAAUAACAGGAUGCAAGGAGGUCAUCUAGAUGUUUCCACAGAGCUGAAACGCAUGCAAGGUCUUAUUGCAUCUUCCCCAUCUGUGAUGAUCAACAAAAGCGAACCAGCGGGGGUACUAGAGCUCGCAGUACCGGGAAUUGCAUUAUGGCAAGAAAGAAAGAAGAAAAUAAUCGACACCGACGAUUACACCAUCAUGGUGACCACCGUCAAGAGACGUCAAGCGCUGCUCCCCCCCGGUACAUGGCAGACGGAUCAACCCAGAAAUGAAUUUUUAGCGAACGUCGCUUGUAAGUGGAAAAAGCAAAAGGCAAUGCUUACUAUAUCGACUGAGCAGAGACAAACGCUUUUCGAAAGGUUCACCAACAUGUUGCCACGAGUGAUAGUCUCCGAAAUUCUGCAUUGCGAAGCUGAAGUGUUUCUUGUGGCUAGGAAUGGAUCAGUAGAAGAUCUUGCACGACUAAUAGUUGCGGGAGAUGCUAGUCUCCACAUCCGUGAUACGCGUGGGUGGUCUCUGUUACAUGGACUGGAUGUCAACGAGAUUCCAAAUGACGGCUCCAACCAUCAAAUGUCGCCUCUGCAUAUCGCAAAUGCUCUCGGAGUAGACAAGGAAAACUCGGUCGCUCUUCUGCAGGCCGGAGCCGAUCCAACUAUGGAAACCCCCGGGUUCGUUAGCUGGAUAAGGAUGCUCGCUAUCAAAACACAAACACAGGACAAGGAUUUCUUUCAACAGGUCUUAUGCACCAACCCAUUCAUUUCCUCAGACCACGAGGUCAUAAAUUCUCUCAGUCUGAUAAAUUGUCUCUGCUCAAGAUGGACAACCACACCGCCAGAAUGCUUUGAUCCGGAUCGAGAGCGGAAGCUUCUGGAGCUUCUUUUGGAACGUGGACACCAGUUUGAUUUUGGAAAGGACUGCGAAGAGUUUGCUUUCGGUGACAGGCUGUUACUUUCAAAGGUUGUCGAACGAAGGGAUCUCUUAGCGUAUAUGCUACAGUGGGGACGCACCGACGAGACCCUUCCCCAAAGGUCAUCAAUAUCGGGUCAUGCAUAUAGGCUGUGCAAGCCCUGCUCCAUGUCCAGAUCCUCACUGUGGGGUGACUUCUGGGACACUAUCUUCGACCGAGCGGGAUAUGACAUCAUGAGUUGCAGGAAUGGCCAUCCUCGCCGGGCUCGAUACGGGGACGGAUAUACACGUCAGAUUUUCGAAGAGCUGUGGCAGGGUAGGGAAGAUCAUUGUCCAUACUGGGAUGAUAAGUCCUGGCCAGAGUUUCCGACUCCAGAAGCCGAAGAGGCGUACGAAUUGGUGCUUUCUGGAGAGACAUGCCUCAUGUGUCAGCCUUGCCAGGAGGUCGAAGGUUGGGACUGUUGCCACUGCGGAGUAUGUCUACUAGUAUUUCAGUUCUUUUGCACUGAUAUACACGGUCAUCUCCAUGACUGGAGGUGCCCACGUUCGCGGGUUGGCUAUUGGGAGUGCCUCGAUGAUACUGGCUUUUACAGCUUCAGACCCAAGGCUGCAACAGAUCCAGACCUAAUUGAGGGAGAGCUAAUUGGGUUUGAAGAUGACUUCUACCAGUUCUAA